AGAAAUCCCCGGGUUUGUGUUCGUGAAGUACCAAAUCAUAUGACAUAUACAGAUUUUUGCCAGUUCUGUGGUUCUUUUAUAGAUCAUAUUUUGGAAAUGCGGAUUGUCAGAAUUUAUGGUAUGAAGGAUCGUUAUAGCAUUUUGAUUAGGCUUGGUAGUCAAGAUUCUGCUGAUAGAUUUUUCAAGCACUUCAAUUUUAGCCAAUUUUCAUCUCUACAGGAGGAGGUUUGUCGUGUGUAUUUCACGGAGAAUGUGCAUUACCGUACUGGUUCAAUUGAACAUUCACAGGAGUCUCCGGCAAGCUCAACUGAUCAACCCACUUGCGUGGUUGGUCUUGGUAUGUUUUUCUAUUUUUAGUAGUGCUCUUGAAGUUAUCUAGUACUUUUACAUUGGAACCUAUAACAAAAAUUCACUUAGGAAGAAAUGAAGAAACGAAUAACAAAAUUCAAACAUAUAUCAUACAGCCUGAUAUUUACAUCUUCGAGUUUUGUUUUGUUUUAUUGCUUGUUUCUUUUAUGUCUGUAUUCAUCUCCUCAUAGUGUCCUCCUGUUUCAUUACAGAGAGAUUAGACCAAGACAGGAGUGGAAUUUUUACAACUAUCUGCAAUCAUUCUUUUCAUUGUUCUUGCAUGUCAAACUAGACAGAUUCUUCUUGUCCGGUAAAUAUUUUUUUUUGUUUUUUUUUUGUAUUUGAGAGUACAGAGUAAUGGUUUUGAUAUUUCCAUUUCCUGUAAAUUAUUAUAAUUAAUGACCAUUUACAUAUAUUUUUAGGUAUGCAGAUAUCAUCAGCAGCAGCCUAAAAAAUCAAUUUGCAAUGUUUGCCAAACUUCUGAGAAUCUCUGGAUGUAUAUUAUCUGUGGCUUUUUUGGCUGUGGAAGGUAAUAAUUUAUCCUUUAUUGUUUUUGUUGGUUUUUGUUCUCUCUAACUUUUUAUUUUAUAUUUGUGUUUGUAGCCUCCAUAGCUAUUUCAUUUUAGCCAAAUAAGAAGAUUUAACUCCAUCUCUAUUUCGUUUCUCUCUCUGAUCUCUAUUUCAAAUGGUAUAAUGAACCUCUCUCAUGGAUUUAUUUUUCUUAACUAAUUUCUCCUAGGUCUCUUCUCGUAAUGAUUUUUGAGAUGUUACAUUUUUUGGUAUGAUUUUAGUUCUUGUUCUAUUUUUCUUUAU